AUGGCUGACAGAACUCCAGGUACUUUCCCUAGCAAUACAGUUACUAAUCCCAAGGAGGAUUGUAUGGCUAUCACAACCAGAAGUGGUAAAGUGGUAGCAGCUCCAGAAAAGUCAAACACAAAUGUGGAAGCUGAUAAGAAGCUUAAGACGGUUGAGGAGCCAGAAAAAGAGGUGGUGAUUCCUUCUGAUGUUGAGAAACCUGUUCAGAAGGGUAAAGAAGAGGAGCUACCAAUUAUUGCUGAAAAGAAGAAAUUUGAGCUGAAUCCGGAAUAUGUGAAAGCCAUGGCACCUUAUCCAGAACGAUUCAAGAAAGAUGCUCAAAAGCAUCAAUAUGCAAGAUUUCUUGAUAUCUUCAAGAAGUUGCAUAAAAAGUUUCCUCGUAAGCAUCGUGAUCCAGGGAGUUUUAACAUUCCUAUUGUCAUUGGUAACAAAAAUGUUGGCAAAGCUUUGUGUGAUCUUGGGGAAAGUAUAAAUUUGAUGCCCUUAUCUGUGUAUAAAUCUUUGGGAACCUCUGAGCUCAAGCCUACUAAGAUUUCCUUGCAACUUGCUGAUAAACCUUUAAGGAAACCGAGUGAUUUUGUAGUGUUGGAUAUGGAAGAGGGUACUGAAAUGCCUCUGUUGUUGGGUAGACCUUUCCUGGCUACUGCUCGGGCUAUGAUUGAUGUUGCACAAGGGAAACUCUAG